GUUGGUUGAUGGACCGUUUAGUUACCAAAUCAUCUCUCACCUUAUAAACAAUGCUUGGCUUUCUAUUGACAUUGGGUAAUGAAACGCCCCGUUUUGGUUCCUUGUGGGCCAGGUUAGAGAAAACCAAUAGCGGCCCUAAUGAAACCCGGCCCCAUCCAUAACUAAUUUUGGACCAUCUUCCUUCCUUCCUUCCUUCCUUCUCUUUCUCUCCCAUCCAUUUAUUCUUCUCUCUAAGACAACCCAUUCCUCCACCUUCCGCCAUGUUCGUUUCUUCACUCUCAAAACCUAACCAGAACCUCCGUUGAAGACGAUUCUGGAAGCUGAUUGAGAUUCACUGAGAAGCUGUUGUUAUUGUUAUUGUUGGGUUGUGAAUUUUAGGGUUUCGAGGUGUAAUUGGGCGGAAUUGACGAUGUCUUUGAGAAUAAAAGCAGUGGUGGAUAAAUUCGUGGAGGAGCUCAAGGAAGCCUUGGAUGCAGAUAUUCAAGAUCGAAUCAUGAAGGAGAGAGAGAUGCAGAGUUACAUUGAAGAGCGUGAACGUGAGGUUGCUGAACGUGAAGCUGCUUGGAAAGCUGAGCUCUCUCGUCGUGAGGCAGAGAUUGCAAGACAAGAAGCAAGGUUGAAGAUGGAAAAGGAAAAUCUGGAAAAAGAGAAAAGUGUGCUAAUGGGAACUGCAUCAAAUCAAGACAACCAAGAUGGAGCUCUUGAAAUUACUGUAAGUGGUGAAAAGUAUAGAUGUCUUAGGUUUGCAAAGGCUAAAAAAUGAGGCUGACAUAAUGAUAUGAUAGUGAAAAAGGAAGAGAAAAAAAGGUAGUGUCUUGAUUGUGGCCUCUUCUUCCUCUUAAGCUUGUUAUAAUUUUUUUUUCAAAGCAAAAUCAUUAUUAGUUUUGAAAGCUUCUAAGAUGUACAUGUAGAUAAUUAUUUGCUACAUCAUCAUGAUUGUAGCAGUAUUUAUUAAUCAUUCCAUUCCAUUUUAUCUAAUGAAUGAAUAGAUCUCCAUCUCCCAAGAGAGUUCUGUUU